AUGCAUUUGCAUUUAGAUGAAGAUUUUAUUAGAGAAUCAUUACUUUCCCGUGGUUAUACAAUGCAUCAAAGUGUUGGUUCUGGCAACUUUGGAGCUUGUUAUUUGGUUUUCAGUCACAAAUACAAACAAGAUUUUGUUUGCAAAGUAACCAUAAACAAAAUAGAAAAUAAAAUGUUCGAAGACUCUUACAAAAGAGAGGUUCAGGCGUUAAUUAAUUUCACUCAUCCCAAUAUACUACGAUCUUACGAAGUUUUUACGGAUAAAGAUUACAUGUUUAUGAUAUUAGAAUAUUGUGGAGGUGGAAAUAUUAUGGACCAUGUUAAGGAGCAUGGUCUAAUGAAACCGUUUGAUUUAAUUAGGUACACUUCUCAAGUUAUAGAUUCUUUAGACUAUAUUCAUUCCCUUGGAUAUGCUCAUCGCGAUAUUAAACCACAAAACAUUCUUAUAGAUAACAAUGGACGCAUUAAAUUAGCAGAUUUCGGUCUUAUAGAUAAUUUUGAUGAUCCAAGUUCGGAAAAGAAAGUAUGUGGUUCGCUUCAAUUUAUGGCCACUGAGCUAUUGAGAGAUGAAAACUAUGACCCAAAGAAAGUAGACAUUUGGGCAUUAGGAGUUACUAUUCAUAAAUACGCAUUAGGUUAUGUUCCAUUUAAUGGAUUUACCGUCGACCAAAUGUUAGAAGAAAUAGAUCAAGGAUAUAAGCAAACUAAGACAAUUCCUCCACCACUUUCGAUUAUCGUCCAACUAUGUCUUCAAAAAGAGCCUGCAAAACGUCCCACAAUGGCUCAGCUUAAACAGAUAAUGUCACAAGCAAUCAACCCUAACCUUGCAAAGAGAUAUUCAAGUUUAAGGAAUAAGAUCAAGCCAUUCACACCUGGCCCAGCUAUUGUAGUACCUCGUUUCAGGUACUUCUCAGUAUAA